GAAAACUUCGUUUCGAUUUGUAGUUUCAUGCGUGCAACGGACCGAUCCCAACUCUUACUCUCGGAAACCGAUAUCGCACCGCAAAUGAACACGAGAAGUUGUGACGUACUCAACAAAUCCCUAUACUCAUCCAGUGCCGGAGAUGGUCACAAAACGUUUGUGGCUUUCUCAUGUAUUUGCAACAUUACGUUCUGUCCAAGUUCUGUUGUACUUAGCACAAUUGGACCCGCCGAAAAGCUGAUGGUUGUAAACAAGACGGCUUUCUCAGGACAAAUCAUUCGCACCUUCCAUGAUACACUCUUUGAGUGAGCCACCAUCAGUAAACUCUUUUCCUCCUGACAUAUUUCGCACUAUUUUGUAAAAGCUCUUUUGUCAGAUGCACCUUCAGAGAAAAUUCCC